GUAGUAACGUUAAUGGACCCAACAGUGUGUGAUUAUUGGGGGGUGAAUUCUGGCAUAGCCUACUUUGGUUGCACGAUUUUUAAUGCUGGUCAAAUAGUUAAUCAAGUUCAAAUUUAGUAACGCCUGUACGCGGUUUAGAGUCACUCCACGUUUUAUUCGUUUUUAGGCUGUUAGCUGCCUAUUUCAGAACUCGUAUAUUUGCGAACGGCGCCUUGGAUGCCAUCGCCGAUGGACGGAUCAUCCGGCAGAGAAGGUGACCUGUAUACGGUGAAGCACGAGCUAAAAAAUGCUAACCUCACUGGCCACGUGGAACGGGUGGGGAUAGAGAACUUUGAGCUGCUGAAAGUGCUGGGCACUGGGGCCUAUGGAAAGGUGUUCCUGGUGCGCAAGGUGAGUGGGCACGAUGCGGGGAAGCUGUACGCCAUGAAGGUGCUGAAGAAGGCCACCAUCGUGCAGAAGGCCAAGACCGCAGAACACACCCGUACCGAGCGCCAGGUCCUGGAGCACAUCCGCCAGUCGCCGUUCCUCGUCACGCUGCACUACGCCUUCCAGACCGACACGCAGCUGCACCUCAUCCUGGAUUAUGUGAACGGCGGGGAGCUCUUCACGCACCUGGUGCAGCGCGUGCGCUUCCGGGAGCAAGAGGUGGCGCUGUACAGCGGGGAGAUCGUGCUGGCGCUGGAACACCUGCACCAGCUGGGCAUCGUGUACCGGGAUCUGAAGCUGGAGAAUAUCCUGCUCGACUCGAACGGCCACAUCGUCCUCACAGACUUCGGCCUGAGCAAGGAGUUCCACGAGGUGGAGAGGGCCUACUCCGUGUGCGGCACCAUCGAGUACAUGGCCCCGGAGAUCGUGGAGGGGGGAGCGGGCGGACAUGACAAGGCGGUGGACUGGUGGAGUCUGGGAGUGCUGAUGUAUGAGCUGAUGACUGGAGGGUCACCCUUCACAGUGGACGGAGAUGAGAACUCCCACACCGAUAUCUCCAAGAGGAUCCUGAUGAAGGCCCCUCCCUUCCCCAAGGACAUGAGCCGUCUGGCCAGAGACCUGAUCCAGUGCCUCCUCACCAAAGAGCCCCAGAAGAGGCUGGGCUCCGGUCCGUCUGGGGCCCAGAGCGUUAAAGAGCACCCCUUCUACCAGAAAAUCAACUGGGAGGACCUGGCGGCGAAGAAGGUUCCGGCGCCCUUCAAGCCGGUGAUCCGGGACGAGCUGGACGUCAGCAACUUCUCCGAGCAGUUCACCGAGAUGGACCCGGCCUACUCCCCCGCCGCCCUGCCCCAGAACUGUGACCGGAUCUUCCAGGGCUACUCCUUCAUGGCUCCCUCCAUCCUGUUCAAGCGCAACGUGGUGAUGGACGACCCGGCCCAGCUGUGUGGAGGCUCGGAGCGGCCUGGGCCCUCCGCCGUGGCCCGCAGUGCCAUGAUGAAGGACUCCCCGUUCUACAUACACUACACGCUGGACCUGAAGGAGCCCGUUCUGGGGGAGGGGAGCUUCUCCAUCUGCAGGAGCUGCACCCACAAGAAGACGGGGCAGAAGUACGCCGUCAAGAUCGUCAGCAAGAGGAUGGAGGCGCAGUCGCAGAAGGAGAUUGCCGCUCUGAAACUGUGCGACGGCCACCCCAACAUCGUCAGGUGCCACGAGGUGUAUCACGACCAGCUUCACACGUACCUGGUCCUGGAGCUCCUGGGGGGCGGGGAGCUACUGGAGAGGAUCCGGCAGAAGCAGCACUUCAGCGAGACCGAGGCCAGCCGGAUCAUGAGACGCCUGGUCUCCGCCGUCAGUCACAUGCACGACGUGGGCGUGGUCCACCGGGACCUCAAACCAGAGAAUCUGUUGUUCACCGACAGCAGCGAGGGCUCGGAGAUAAAGAUCAUCGACUUCGGUUUCGCCCGACUGAAGCCUCCGGACAACCAGCUGCUGAAGACGCCCUGCUUCACCCUGCAGUACGCUGCCCCGGAGAUCCUCAACUACGACGGCUACGACGAGUCGUGUGACCUGUGGAGCCUGGGCGUCAUCCUGUACACCAUGCUGUCAGGGCAAGUGCCCUUCCAGUGUCAAGAGAAGAGUCUCACCCACACCAGUGCUGAGGAGAUCAUGAAGAAGAUCAAGAAAGGGGACUUUUCUUUUGAAGGCGAGGCCUGGAGGAAUGUAUCCCAGCAGGCCAAGGACCUCAUACAAGAGCUGCUGACGGUGGAUCCGGAGAAGCGGAUCAAGAUGUGCGACCUGAGGUACAACGCCUGGCUUCAGGACGACAGCCAGCUGUCCUCCAACCCGCUGAUGACGCCAGACAUCCUGGGCUCCUCCACAGCCUCUGUGCACACCUACGUCAAAGCCACCUUCAACGCCUUUAACAAGUGUAAGAGGGAGGGCUUCCGGCUGCAGACGGUGGACAAGGCUCCCCUGGCCAAGCGGAGGAAGAUGAAGAAGACCAGCACCAGCACGGAGACGCGGAGCAGCUCCAGCGAGAGCUCGCACUCCUCGUCCUCUUCCUCGCAGACCACGCCCGGCGACGCCCCCCUGCCCCCCAUCAGCUCCCCCCCGGCCUUCGGCGCGGACGGCGAGCCGCCGCCGAAGGCCGCCAAAAAACCGUCCAUGUUCCACUUCUCCUCCGAGUGAGCGGAGCGGGGGCUGGGGGGGAAACGGGAGGAAGUGACAUCACGGCGGCGGGGUGCACUGACGGACGGACGGACGGACGGGGAACGGUCUUCUCUUGGGCAGCUUGGUCAGCACACACUGGAAUUCCAAACCGGUUGGGAAUGCCUUCAUUUCCACCAAAAAAAAAUAAAACAUGCAUGCACUGACCCAGAAUCCUCUUUUCCCCCCCCCCAAAACAUCGCUAGCAAUAGGAGGACCGACCCCACCCGCUCCGCGCAUGUCCUCACUAAUCGCCAUGACAACGGACUUCCCGAGACAUCCAGAUGGCUUUGAACGGGCAGGACGGUGGCGGGUGUGAAAGCCAGCCCUUUUCCCAUGGAACAUUCUGGAUGACGGUUUAGGUGGUGGUAGAGAGUGUUUAUAAGGGUGUACAUUAGGUGGGAAAAUGAUAUAUUGUCACAGGAUUUGUGCUUCGUAUCUCUUAACUUAUUGUCCAUGUAGUUACUGUCGUUAAGUGACUGUUUCCGUGGUUAAUUGAGACCAUUAGACAUUUCUACUUUUUUCAGAAAUCUUGCUCCAUUUUCCAUUUUUAGAUACAUUCACCGCAGAACUUUUUGGCAAAAAAAAAGAAAAAGCAUUAAUGUGUAGUUUUUUUUAGACAAAAAAAAAUCAACACCUCAGCUCCUAAACAACUGUAGCAUAGAAAAGAACAAUAUUUGUCUACAAGGAUUUUUGCAUAUCUGUUCAUGUAGCAUUAACUUUAACAUCGUACCUAAGAGUAAUUUCGCGGACGAUUCGUCCUUCCUGGCGCAAAGCAGAGAUACUGCGUGGACAGCGCUGCUCUGUGAUUGGGUGAGAUCGCCGUGACCUUUGCCUGUUUGGGGUCGGCCGUCGCUCGGCGUAGACACUGCAGACACUGUUUACGUGUGAGCCGCAACGCCCAAGGUACUUUUAGAAGUGAGCUCACCGACCGUGCGCAAGAGUAUAUUGUUUCUAGUUUUGUGAGAGGGGCGCAGGGGGAGGGGUUGUGGUGGCUUUUUAUUUGGGAACAGUAAUGCGGGCCAGCUGCAGCGAAUUAUGGGAAACGUUCGUAACCUUUAAAUCUCUUUGAAGUUUCUGCAGCCCUUCUACAUGUUGUGGUCGUAUUUAUAGAUUUUCGAGGGUGCCAUUUUCUUUGGGAAGGGCUGUCCUAUGCCAAAUCCUGGCCGAGCUUCGCAUGCACUUCCAGGUGGCUUCACCGAUGGGAAGACAAUGGACAGAGCUACGACGGGCACAAAUAUGCAUCAAAAUACGAGUCAGACCAGCACAGCAAUAACCCCUCAAAGUUCUCUGUGCUUCGGAACCAGAGAGCCAACUCUUACGGGAAGAGCUUUAAGUGAACACGGAUUUUGUUUUGAGUUUGUUUGUUUGUUUGUUUUUUUGUUUUUCCCAAGAAAAAACAACUGUGCUUUGAAGACCUAUUUACAACUGAAAAGGGGAGCGUGGUCUUUAAAAAAAAAAAAAAUAGAAAAAAUCUGAAAAAGAGCCUUUGGGACAUUUUUUUUACUCAAUUAUUUGUCCCAAAGCUCUGUACGUUUUCCACGUUGCGAGCCUCUAGGUGCAUAUAGUGGCUGUGUUUAAACAUUUCAGUAUUUCACGUGCGUAUAAAGGUGCGCACAGGAAAGUGAGGCUUCCUAUGCAAUAUCUAAAGGGAAUAUCACUUCUGCAAGCACAUAUCACGCGCACAGCCAUGCCGCUGCGCCGGUUUCUGUCUUUUUCUGUGCUUUUCGGAUAUUACUGAAGCAUUAGUUCCUGUUUUAUAUAUGCGUGUACUACAAGUACUACAAGCUUUUGUCCAGAACAAUGGCUUUGGUCCAAGCUGAAGUCCACGGUCCGUUGUAUUGCAUAUCGAGUGCUGUACGGCUAGUCUGUUUCCUGCCUGCUGCAGAAUUGCUCUUUUUGACCACUGUAGCUGCUUUGUACUGCGGGUUACGUAUCUAAAUGCAGGGCAGGCUUAUUGGGUGGAUAUUUUUUGCUGGAUGCAGGGGCAAAGUGUGAUUUUUAGUUCAAUUUUUUCACGGUUUCUACGAACUGAAAAAUUGGGAAAUUCUAGAUUGGAGAAGACCUUUUAUGAUCAUCUCCCACUUGGAGGGGGUUGGUGAACCUGGACACUGAAACCUGGAAUGUGGCCCAAAAAAGCCCCCUCCCCCCCACCCACCUUUACUACCACUGACUGACUGCCAAAACACCUACCAGUGCCAGUGGCCCAGAUUACAGCCCCAGUUCAGUUGCAGGACUGUGAUUCAGUUAUUCACAUGUUAAAUUGUACUGCUUCUUAGCGUGAUUUCCAACCUUGAUUGUUCAACAAGUUGUGAAUUUAUGCUCUAAUGGUGGUUUCGAGAUCUUGUUUACAGGAUAUGCAUAAGAUCUGUCCUUCAGUAUAUCGUGGGGUAGACUACAGAGGAAAUAUAUUUUUUGAUCAGAGAUAUCGAACCUUGUUGUAUAGAGUAGACAGGUCCGUGGUCGGUUAUUUUUUCAGGUGAGUCUCAGUGAGAUAAAACAUCUCUUUUACAAGGGACCCCUGGGUAAGAGAUUACAGUUAUUGUACAGUAUAUCUGAGUAGUACAGGGCAUUGGGAGCAGUAGAUUCCUCCAGUAGAAUACCAGAUAAUUGUAGACUGUUAUGUGUCCUGUAUUUCACACUUGUGGUAUUUUUUUAGCUGUCCUGCCGCAGGCUUCGUCGGUUGCAGUGGAUGCAGAGCGCUUGCACGUGCAGUAGCUGUAACUACUGUCGGUAUUAGCGAGCGAGCUCUCGCCCUCCUCAUAUUUGUGUGUGAGCAGGGGGCGCUACGCAAACCACACAUUCAGCUGAAGACAAUCAGAACCGUGCGUUUUACACAUCACCGAGUAUCACUAAACCAAAGUGUGAUUGGUUUAGCCCUUUUGGGAUAAAAAAAAAAUAUAUAUGUAUAUAUAGACGGUCCUCUUUUAACAUCUUGUGUCAUGUCUGUAUUCAGUGUAUAUCAUGUAAAAUAUGAAUUGUUCAAAUGUCGGUUCAAAUACUUGGAUUAACGAUAUCAAACGAACUGUUCUAUGCACGCGGUCAGUGAUGUACGCUACUGUAUGGUAUAGUAUGGUAGGCCGGUAACGAGGGUAAAUAGCACAUGCAUUGGGAUAUUUCUGUCGGGCUUUCUUCGUCUUCGUUUCGUUUCGAUGUUUGCCUGGUGGGAAGGUGUGCCUCUAGAAAUCGCGGACUAAAACGAAACGACGUGACUGGUGUCGCUUUCGCAUUUAGGAAAAUUGUUUUAGUUGACAUCACAGGAUUAUUUAUGGAUUGCGGCGGCCAUGACCUUCCCGUUCUUUGGUUUCGCUGCAGAUGGGUGUUUUUUUCCCCCAGAAGCAGGUUUAGAUUUUCCUCUCUGGCGAAUAAUUUAAUCCUGUACUAUGUAGGUGACCCAGAACUGGGUCACCUACAUAGACCUUUCUCGCGAAAUUGUCUAUUUCAUGAGAAAUUGCACGUGUUGCAUUUUAAUCAAAAGUGCGAACCGUUUCUAGGUCAGCCAGACGGAUAAAUUGCUGUCGUUUUCUUGGAAGUCCUUUAUGAUGAAUCACAGCUAGUACUUAUGUAAAAAAGUGACUUGUUAAACUUGUGUACUAGUUGAAUACAAAGUAGCAGUUUGUCUUUGUGUCUUUUGUUUGUGAAUGGCCAGAGAUUUUAAAGCAUUAUUUGAAAGGAGAGACCUGUUUUAAAGGGACCUUUCUCCCGGUGAGGAGCAUGUUGCAGUCCUCAGGCGGGGGCCGUGUUCUCUCUCUCGCCGGGCUGAAUAUGGCCCUCCGUCUGCAUGCCGGGGCUCUGGAGCAAAAUGGUCGAAAGAGGAGUUCCAUUGUGAGGGACUGCUCUGAGAGCUGGUGCCUCUGGCACACAGCCCAGCUGGACGCCAUCGGGCGGGAGUACCAAUGAAAAUAGUCAUUGUUCAGGAGAACGUAUUAAAAAAAAAAGAAAAAAAAAAGCUAAAUGUGAUGCUAAAGAGUUCCUUUAGUAUUAACUCUUUUUUUAAAUGGUAACAUUAAUCUGGAGUUUGUAUUAUAUUUGUAUGUCCUAACAUGAGGUUUUGAUUGGAUGGAAGUCACUGUCUGCGCACGAGCUGAGGAAACGCUCGCGUUUGUGCGUCUCACGCGAGCCCUCCAUUUUGAAUCCACACAGGGUUUCGAAUCUGUAAACGGUUUUGGUGGUGGGGCUACACUGAACUAACAUUCUGGGUCCAACCGAAGAGGACGUCUACAUUGUUCCUCGUUUUACGAACAGGUUGGGAGUGAGCUGUUCAGGAAAUGGCUGUUUUUGUUUUGUAAUUAUUUUUUAUUUAUUUUUUGCUCUUCAUUUUGCCAAAGGGAAAUGAUGCUGCUGUAACGGCAACACUGUUGGAACCAAUUCAUGCAAAACCUACCUUUCAACAGGAAAGCAUGUGCUUUUACCUUUUUUGUAGUAAACUUUUACUUUUAUUUUUUAAAAUAAAAUUUAGUAUUCUUAAAAGCGUGUAGUGCUUAUUACUCCUCGUAAAGCGAUGGAGGAAAUAAGGCUUCACUAUUUCGAGUGUGCUUUCAUAGGCAGCUGAUGCUGCUUAGCGUUUUUAUAUUCACCGAAAAUAUGUGCCAUUGCCGUCGUCAUAAACAAUCCCAUAAUCCCUGCUCUCUUUAGCUGCUUCAUAGCUGCACCCUUUUUGGUCAGUAGACCCUGCUGUUCUCUGCACUGUGGACACACCUCACUGUGAAAACUCAUUUUGUUAUUUUUCUUUUUACAGGAUAGAAGUUUAUGUAUGUUUGAUUAGGUUUGUGUUUCUUGAAAUCCCUAAUAUGAUCAUUUAUAUCCUCACUGAUUUUGAAUUGUGUUUUAUUAUACAGUUUAGUGAGAGAGUUCAAUGGAGAAAACAUAUAUAUAUAUAAAAGUCACUGCUUUACUGUUUGAGACCGUUUUAUUUUUUAUUUUUCCAUAAGUGCACAGGAUAUCUAACCGUAUGGUUAGUGAAAAGGGUGUCCAGUCAUGCUACAAUCGGACCUUUAAAAGCUAGGCACUGAAGUGGGGUUUUCUUUUUGUAAUUUAAGAGAACAUACCAAUCAGUGACCGCCUUUAAGAAGAUAGUAGACCAUAGAUAUUAGAGCAGGGGUGGGAAUUUCUGUCCCUGGAGGGCUGACAUGUGUGCAGGUAUUUGUUUCCUGUCAUUACCCUGGCUAAAUCCGCUAACUGGCUGUAUACCCCAACACUGGUUCACUCGUAGAUCGUGGAGUAACAUUUCAUAUGGGGACACAACAACAGUCUCGCGCUGUCAUGCAUGCGCUUAUCGAGAAAUAUAGCUAUAAUCUGAGGUGCCAUAAAUGUUCGGGCUGAUUAAGUCAUUAAGGCCAGACGUGGUAUUGAGACCCAGGAUUUUGAAGUGUUCUGCAGGGCAUUUCCAGUGGUGGCCAGCAGGGGGCGGCCUUUGAGUGCGAGUUCUCUUGGGAUCCAUUAGGGUUUGGUCAGAUCGAGGUUUAGUUUAGCCCUUGUAGUCCUUUUAACUGUGGCGGCACAAGAAAAAAUGUCGAUCUGUUUUUCACUUUGGAAUGUGCAAUGUCAUCUUUAUGCAGAGAAAAGUACUCUUUUUUUUUUUUUUUUAGAUAAGGCAUUACGUAAAUAUUUACACAAUUAUAUUUUUUGUUAUCUAGCUGGGCUAGAGCAUAGAUUUAUAGAUUUAUUAACUUAUUGAUACUGAAAUCAUCAUUUGUGGCUGUGUCUACACAAAGACAAACCAAAAUUAUUUCACUUUUUGUUUUUGUCUGCUGUAUAUAUUGAUAUAUUGUAUAUGUUAAGCCAUAAGUACAUACAAAUCUGACUUAAAUGCAAAAUUCAAAUGCUCUAUUGGUUGUACUAGGUAUUUAAAUAAGAAUUUUGACAAAAAAUAACACAAUUGUAUUUUUUAAAAAAGAUAUAGAGUAACCAUGAACUUUGGUGAGUAUUUUAAAGAGAAUAACGUUUCAAAAAGUUAUGACAUUUUUUGUUUUAUGUGGUACUACAUUGUGUGAAACUCCAGUGCUUUGUGUGUGGGUCAACGUUUUAAUGGUGAACUGAGUGUUGAACAGAGGAGAGGAAUGUGUGUGUGUGUAGUUGGUUGGUCCCGUUGGAGUAAUGUUUGUAUCGUUUCCCGUGGUUGAGACUUGGAACAAUUGCGGUUCAGUAUACGUUUAAACAACACAAUGUUCAAGAAAAAGAUAAGGGCUUUAAAGUUUUGAAAUCUUUAUAUUAAAUAAAUUAUAUAAUAAUGCUGGUACUGUUUAAUGUCAUAUGUUUAAUAAAGUUAUAUAUGUUCACAUA